UAUCCUCCAAAACCCCAAAAGUCUUAUUACCAUUUCUCGAGAGAAUAGCGUGACCCAAAACCUUCUUUUCAAUGGCGACUUUUACCCUCUCUCUACUUCCUAAGAACCUAACCCCUCUUUCUCUGCCCAAAACCUCCAGUUCCACUUCGACUUCCACUCCCACCCCGCUGUCUCGUGUCCACUUCGGUUACCCUCGCCCGCUCUUGAACCUCUCCACAAAAUCUCGGCCGUCUUCAAGCAGAGCAGCAGCAGUUGAUGGGGACUACUCGGCCAAGAGAAGCAGUGGUAGCAGCAGCAGCGAGCCCAGGGAGACCAUCAUGCUCCCCGGAUGCGAUUACAAUCAUUGGCUGAUUGUGAUGGAGUUCCCCAAGGACCCUGCGCCCACUAGGGAGCAGAUGAUUGAUACUUACCUCAAUACCCUCGCCACUGUCUUGGGCAGCAUGGAAGAAGCAAAGAAGAAUAUGUAUGCUUUCAGUACCACCACCUACACUGGAUUCCAGUGCACAGUUGAUGAAGAAACAUCUGAGAAAUUCAAGGGAUUGCCUGGGGUACUCUGGGUGUUGCCAGAUUCAUACAUAGACGUCAAAAAUAAAGACUAUGGAGGGGAUAAGUAUAUCAAUGGAGAGAUAAUUCCCUGCAAAUACCCUACUUAUCAACCAAAACGUAGUGGAUCAAAAUAUGAAAGUAGAAGGUACGAAAGGAAGAGGGAUGGCCCCCCUCCUGAAAGAAGAAGACCCAGACAAGAGGCGUCUACUUCCGAUUCAGCCUCUGGAUGAGCUAUUGUUGUCACAGGUUUUUAAUGUUAGGUUUUAAUGUUGGGUAAGAGCCUGAUGGGGUAGUGCUGGUCUAUAUAAUUCUUUACCGCAUGUCUGUGAACAAUACGUCAUGGAUAGUUCAACAUGAGUCGAGAAAAACAUGCUUAUGAAGUGUCUGGUCAGACGCAUUGUUGCUUUAUCUGUCUACAAGAUUGUCAUCAUCAUCUCAAGGAAGAUGUAGUUUGACGUAUGAGUAUGUUACAGAGAAGGGAAUUUUAGUUAACUUUUACAUGCUUCAUAUGAAUUUGCUUAUUGGAACUAUGCGGUUGGAACUUUUUUUUGUGACA